AUGCACAGUAUGCUCAGCUCAGUGGAUGUAAAGUCAGAGGUCCCUGUGGGCCUGGAGCCCAUCUCCCCUUUAGACCUGCGGACAGACCUCAGGAUGAUGAUGCCCGUGGUGGACCCUGUCGUCCGGGAGAAGCAGCUGCAGCAGGAGCUACUCCUCAUCCAGCAACAGCAGCAGAUCCAGAAGCAGCUCCUGAUUGCCGAAUUUCAGAAGCAGCAUGAGAACUUGACCCGGCAACACCAGGCCCAGCUUCAGGAACACAUCAAGUUGCAACAGGAACUUCUAGCCAUAAAACAGCAACAAGAACUCCUAGAAAAGGAGCAGAAACUGGAGCAGCAGAGGCAAGAACAGGAAGUAGAGAGGCAUCGCAGAGAACAGCAGCUUCCUCCUCUCAGAGGCAAAGAGAGAGGACGAGAAAGGGCAGUGGCAAGUACAGAAGUAAAGCAGAAGCUUCAAGAAUUCCUGUUGAGUAAAUCAGCAACAAAAGACACUCCAACUAAUGGAAAAAAUCAUUCCGCGAGCCGCCAUCCCAAGCUCUGGUACACGGCUGCCCACCAUACAUCAUUGGAUCAAAGCUCUCCACCCCUGAGUGGGACAUCUCCGAACUACAAAUACACAUUACCAGGAGCACAAGAUGCAAAGGACGAUUUCCCACUUCGGAAAACUGCCUCUGAGCCCAACUUGAAGGUGCGGUCCAGGUUAAAACAGAAAGUGGCAGAGAGGAGAAGCAGCCCCUUACUCAGGCGGAAGGAUGGAAAUGUUGUCACUUCAUUCAAGAAGCGAAUGUUUGAGGUGACAGAGUCCUCCGUCAGUAGCAGUUCUCCUGGGUCGGGUCCCAGUUCCCCAAACAAUGGGCCCACUGGAAAUGUCACUGAAAAUGAGACUUCGGUUUUGCCACCAACUCCUCAUGCGGAGCAAAUGGUUUCACAGCAACGCAUUCUGAUUCACGAAGAUUCCAUGAACCUGCUAAGUCUUUAUACCUCUCCCUCUUUGCCCAAUAUCACCUUGGGACUGCCAGCAGUACCAACCCAGCUCAAUGCUUCGAAUUCACUCAAAGAAAAACAGAAGUGCGAGGCCCAGACCCUUAGGCCAGGCGUCCCCCUGCCUGGGCAGUACGGGGGCAGCAUCCCUGCACCUUCCAGCCACCCCCACGUCGCCCUGGAGGGAAAGCCCAACAGCAGCCACCAGGCUCUCCUGCAGCAUUUACUAUUGAAAGAACAAAUGCGACAGCAGAAGCUUCUUGUAGCUGGUGGCGUUCCCUUACAUCCUCAUUCUCCAUUGGCAACAAAAGAGAGAAUUUCACCUGGCAUUAGAGGUACCCACAAAUUACCCCGUCACAGACCCCUGAAUCGAACCCAGUCUGCACCGUUGCCUCAGAGCACCUUGGCUCAGCUGGUCAUUCAGCAGCAACACCAGCAAUUCUUGGAGAAGCAGAAGCAAUACCAGCAACAGAUCCACAUGAAUAAACUGCUUUCGAAAUCUAUUGAACAACUGAAGCAACCAGGCAGGCACCUGGAGGAAGCGGAGGAGGAGCUUCAGGGGGACCAGGCGAUGCAGGAAGACAGAGCGCCCUCUAGUGGCAACAGCACUAGGAGCGACAGCAGUGCUUGUGUGGAGGACACACUGGGACAAGUUGGGGCUGUGAAGGUCAAGGAGGAGCCAGUGGACAGUGAUGAAGAUGCUCAGAUCCAGGAAAUGGAAUCUGGGGAGCAGGCUGCUUUUAUGCAACAGCAGCCCUUCCUGGAACCCCAGCACGCACGUGCGCGCCAAGCUCCGCUGGCUGUGGUUGGCAUGGAUGGAUUAGAGAAACAUCCUCUUGUCUCCAGGACUCUCUCCUCCCCUGCUGCCUCCAUGUUACCCCACCCAGCCGUGGACCGCCCGCUCCAGCCUGGCUCUGCAACUGGAAUUGCCUAUGACCCUCUGAUGCUGAAACACCAAUGCAUUUGUGGCAAUUCUACCACCCACCCUGAGCAUGCUGGACGGAUACAGAGCAUCUGGUCACGGCUGCAAGAAACUGGGCUGCUAAAUAAAUGUGAGUGGAUUCAAGGUCGAAAAGCCAGCCUGGAGGAAAUACAGCUUGUUCACUCUGCACAUCACUCACUGCUGUAUGGCACCAACCCCAUGGAUGGACAGAAACUGGACCCCAGGACGCUCCUAGGUGAUGCCUCUCAAAAGUUUUUUUCUUCAUUACCUUGUGGUGGACUUGGGGUGGACAGUGACACCAUUUGGAAUGAGCUGCACUCGUCCGGGGCUGCACGCAUGGCUGUUGGCUGUGUCAUCGAGCUGGCUUCCAAAGUGGCCUCAGGAGAGCUGAAGAACGGCUUUGCUGUUGUGAGGCCCCCAGGCCAUCACGCGGAAGAAUCCACAGCCAUGGGGUUCUGCUUUUUUAAUUCAGUUGCAAUUACCGCCAAAUACUUGAGAGACCAACUAAAUAUAAGCAAGAUAUUGAUUGUAGAUCUGGAUGUUCACCAUGGAAAUGGUACACAGCAGGCUUUUUAUGCUGACCCCAGCAUCCUGUACAUUUCACUCCAUCGCUAUGAUGAAGGGAACUUUUUCCCUGGCAGUGGAGCCCCAAAUGAGAUUGGAACAGGCCUUGGAGAAGGAUACAACAUAAAUAUUGCCUGGACAGGUGGCCUGGAUCCCCCCAUGGGAGAUAUUGAGUACCUUGAAGCAUUCAGGACUGUGGUGAUGCCUGUGGCCAAGGAGUUUGAUCCAGACAUGGUCCUAGUUUCCGCUGGAUUUGAUGCCGUAGAAGGCCACGCCCCUCCUCUGGGGGGAUACAAAGUGACAGCAAAAUGCUUUGGUCACUUGACGAAGCAAUUGAUGACAUUGGCUGAAGGACAUGUGGUGUUGGCUCUAGAAGGAGGACAUGAUCUCACAGCCAUCUGCGAUGCAUCAGAAGCCUGUGUAAAUGCCCUUCUAGGAAAUGAGCUGGACCCACUUGCUGAAGACACUCUCCACCAAACUCCGAAUGUGAAUGCUGUUACCUCUUUACAGAAGAUCAUUGAAAUUCAAAGCAAGUACUGGAAGUCAGUAAGAACGGCAGCUGUGCCAAGGGGCUGUGCUUUGGCUGGGGCUCAGUUGCAAGAGGAGACAGACACCGUUUCUGCCCUGGCCUCCCUGACGGUGGAUGUGGAACAGCCCUUCGCUCAAGAAGACAGCAGAAUCGCUGGUGAGCCUAUGGAAGAGGAGCCAGCCUUGUGA